AAAAGAAAAAUAUUAAUAAUAAAAAAAAGUAUUAAGAUGAAAGGAAGUAUAAUUGCAGUAUUAAUUGCUCUCUGCUUAUUCUAAACCAGUUUUGGUUAUAAAACUAAUCAACAAGUUAGCCAAUGUGUUUAAAACUAAUGCUUGUCAAAAUACGGUUGCUCUGGUAAAAUAGAUGAGUAUGCUUGUAAGAUUGCCACCAAUGCUUAUAACAAAUAUUUGCAAGAACCAGAAUGUGUCUAAUUCUUAGCUUAGUAUAAGAAUGGACCUUAACAAAAUGAAUUCCCAAUGCGUUUAUGGAUACCUUGUCGUUACGUUGCUUACAAUGUUUACUACUAAAGCCUUACAAUUGAAGAGUUCUUAGACUGCUAAGAUUUAUGCAUAGGAUAAGACUAUUGA